GUCAAUACAAACUCGUGUUUUUUUUUGUCUCUCUCAGGUGCGUUUACAAACUCAGCCCUUACCCAAACCUGGAGAGAGUGCCCUGUAUGCUGGAACCCUAGAUUGUUUUAAAAAGACCUUAGCCAAAGAGGGUGUGAAAGGACUCUAUAAAGGCAUGGCGGCCCCGAUCAUCGGAGUCACACCCAUGUUUGCUAUCUGUUUCUUAGGAUUUGGAGUGGGCAAGAAACUACAACAGAAACACCCCAAUGAUAUCCUCACGUAUCCACAGCUGUUCGCUGCAGGAAUGUUGUCUGGUGUUUUUACCACAGUCAUCAUGACUCCUGGAGAACGCAUCAAAUGCCUCCUGCAGAUCCAGGCAUCAUCAGGAGAGGUGAAGUAUGCGGGACCCAUGGACUGUGUCAAACAGCUGUACAAAGAGUCCGGGAUCAGAGGAAUCUACAGAGGCACCGCUCUGACUCUCAUGAGAGAUGUUCCAGCCAGCGGCAUGUACUUCACAUCCUACGAGUGGUUGAAGAACCUCCUCACACCAGCAGGAAAAAGCCAGAAUGAGCUCAGCGUCCCCAGUGUGCUGUUUGCUGGGGGGAUGGCUGGAAUCUUUAACUGGGCGGUUGCAAUUCCAGCGGAUGUACUCAAGUCUCGUUUCCAAACAGCUCCUGAAGGGAAAUAUCCCAACGGCUUUCGGGAUGUACUGCGGGAGCUGAUCAGAGAGGAGGGAGUGGGCUCUCUGUAUAAAGGCUUCAAUGCUGUCAUGCUCAGAGCUUUCCCUGCAAACGCAGCUUGUUUCUUAGGCUUUGAGCUUGCAAUGAAGUUCCUGAACUGGAUAGCACCAAACCUGUGAUGAAGGCUCAGUGUCGCCUUGUAUGUGAAUCCCAGGAACAGAACUGCUUUAACACAAAGAAGUUGUGAGCAGUACACAAACACACACACACACACACACACACACUGAAUCACAAAGAGAUUUUAUCAGUUUUCCAAUAACGUGCUUAUUAUCUUUGAAACCUUGUGGUACUGUAGAGCACACGGAUCAUUCAGACCUGCGGAGGGUUCAGAGCAGACCAGUACACACACACACACACAGUCAAAUGUUCUCACUCCUUUUAAUUUUACUUGUUUUCUUUAAAUUGUGUUAUUUUUAUAUGAGAAAAGGAGUGACGAGAACAUGCCGUGCCUUACCUUCUGUUAUCUGCGAACAGGUGUACAUAUCAGGGACAAGGUGCAUUAUGUUGAACUGUGUGUGUGUUUAGUCUCUCAGCAAUACACGCCUUUCGGACUGUCUGCUUCCUGUCCGUCGCCCUCCACUCAGUGACCACCAAUGCUCGAUAAACUUUCUGUUUGUGUUAAAUGUGAAAUUAUGAGAGUAGUCAUAAUGACAUUGAUUGAACAGUAUAUGAAUGUCAACAUGUAAAGAAAUAAAAAAUAGAAUCCAUAUUUAGAAA